AUGAAAAGAAUUAGCAUACUGCUUGAAGUAGUCACUAUUGUUUUAUUUGUUAAUUAUUUGACAGCAGCUCCAUCAUGCUCUAUUUAUGAUCCAUUCCGAAUACAGCCUGAUGAUAACAAAUACCAGAUCGGUGCAGCAUUUCCAUUACAUGAUGAAGAUUGUGUGAAAUUACAUGAGGAAGCAGUUCAGGAUAUUGUUGCAGUUCAAUGGGCACUAACUCAUUGGAAUCAAAAUUUGAAGACUAACAAUUUAAAAACCAGUUUCUAUGCCGGUGACACAUGUUCAAAACCGAAAGAGGCAAUUUCGCAAACACUCAAAUUUUUGGAUUCACUUGGUUUCUACGAGCCUGAUGAAUGCAGCACAGGAAAUCAGAAUUUCCGCCAACUUCUUGGAUUAUUUUUGCCGAAAGAUGCUGCAUCGGCAAAAGCAGUCGCUUCAAUUCUCCAACCUACACCGUUACCAUUGUUGGCGUACAAUUAUGCAGCAGCUGAUGAAUUGACACAAAUGAAUGUUUCUCAUUUCGCUACAACUGCACCAACACUGACAGUUUUCAUCGAUCUUAGAAAAUUACUUGCUGGAAAAAAUUUUGGAACUGAUAAAACGUGGAUUGUAAUUGAAUUGGAUGCGGACAAACAACAAUCUAAACCGUCAGAGUUUGUUAUAGAUUCAGAUGUUCAGAUAAUAUAUUUGCGUCAACAACAGCGUGAUUUAUCCCAUUUCAAGAAUUACUUUUUGCGAUUGUUAAGCAACAACUAUCAGUCCUAUUCCUUACUCAGUUCGUUCAUGCAACAGAUGUGCAACUGUACUAUGUCGAAUGCAAAUAAUGGUGAUGACUGCUCUAAGACUGAUAUUCAAACGAUGGCACUUAAUUAUAAGCAGACAUCAACUGCCGAAUCCAUAAUUAAAGCCAUUUAUGCUUUUACUGCUGUUGCUGCUAGACUAGAGAAAAAACCAAUGGCAUUAACACUAUGUACUAAACCAUCCCCGAAAUGCACGGAAUUAAUUAUGACCGAACUAGAAUCAUUGAUUUAUGAAUUUAAUGUCAAUGAUCCAGCGGAAUUAGUUGGCACAAAUUUGCAUUUUUACUGGGAAUCGAAUACAACAUUGAUGUCGAAUGGGAUUGUAAUCGAAGGAAUAGAAAUGGUUGAUAACAAGCAGCUAGGUGUUAUGGAAGUUAAGAUAAUGGAAUAUGAAACUGGAAUUAAGCCACGAUUUACUAUGACUACACCGCAAAGUAAAAUUCAUUCUACAUGUGCGCCAUAUCGAUCUUAUUGUGGCCAAUGUGACUACACAGUAAAAAUUGAUCAAAAGAGGUUUUACUUACCAAACCCACGACCACAUCAUUUAUACAUUAUUGGUUUAUUUGAUUUUCAUGGCGGCCGUACUUGUCAGUCCUAUAGAAAUUCAGAUAUUUCACUUCCGCUUGCUUUUUUAUAUACGUUGGCGACCUUUUCUCAACGCCAUCCACAAAUAAGCCUACUUCGGAACUUAGACAUAGGUUCUAUAUUGAUCGAUUCAUGUUCAUCGGGACGAAAAGCUGUUGAAACAGUAAUACUUGCAGAAAAUUACUGCUUUACCUUCGAACAAGGUGGUGGUCAAAAUAUCACAGUAGUUCCAGGAUCUGUUUUUGGAUAUGCAUCUGCCUUAAGUGGUCGCGUGGGUGAAGCACUGAAAGGACUUUUCGUAUCCGGCGAUAGCUUGUUGGUAUCAUUGGACGCAAAUCAUGAUGCCGCAUUAGAUAUAAUUUCCGCCGUCCCAUCAAGAAAGAAAGAAAUCGUGGCGCUUCUCAAACUGCUCAAAAAGUUUUCUUGGGAAUACAUCUCCAUUGUAGUUUCUGAUCAAGAUGAUUCAUCAUUGAGCACUUAUCGACAGUUUGAAAAAUUGGCUGGAGAAAAUGGUAUUUGCAUAGCUGAAGUUAAAGCAGUAAAUGGAGAAGAAGUAGAUCCAACAACAACAGCUAAUGUUACCAUACUUUUCACAACUGCUUCCGACGCAGCUACAUAUUUCACCGCUAAACUCCGUAGAGAAUCCCUUUAUCCGCAUGUUCAUAUUGUCAAUGGAGAUGCUCAUGACUUUUACCUACAUGACCCAUUUAAUGUUGCAAGAUUUGUAGGCACCCUAUCUUUGCAACCUAAGGAUGUAAUAUAUGACGAAUUUCGUGCUUGGCUAGAAAAUAUUACACCACUUAGCCUACCGGAAAAGUGGUACUGGGAAUACGUUGAAAAUCGAUGGCAAUGCGCUCUAUCUGAAGCAAAUCGAAACUUUUAUGAAGGCAAAAUGUGUACUGGUGAUGAGUUAUUAGAUCUGCCAAGUUUAGGAAGGAUGACGAAAAGCGGAUACUUUGUACGUGGCUUGGAACGCUUCCUAUUUGCGUUGGAUGCUGUCUAUAAGCAACUGUGCCCAGAACAAGUUGGUGUUUGUGACGAAUUCUACAUGAAAGGACGGGAACAAAUUUCGAAAAUUCUUAAAAAAGCACAGAUUGAGCACGAUUUUGUUAUCUACGAAUUUGUGCCAGACGGGGAAGGUGCAUAUGCUUACCAAAACAUUGGAAACUACUCGGACAAAAGUGGCUUCAAAUUUUCGAAACAAUAUCAAUAUUUCGGUGCCGUUGAUCAUGUAUCGGAUGGAGCAUCACAACCAAAAAUUAUGUCACGAUGCAUUUCACCAUUGUGCAGAUGUUUCUUGAAGGUAAAUUCGAUGAAAUUAUCAUCUCCGGUGAUUGAUGAAUUCGGUACAUUUGCCGGUUCGUACAUUCGUCGCGUACCUACAAAUGAUGCUUUCCGACAGCUUCAAUUUCCAUCAGUUAAUAAAAAAAUUUUGGAUCAGUUAACAGCAGGCCAGUGGCGAGUGCAAACAUGGAAUUAUGCACUAGCAGCAAUAAUAACUGUAAUGUUGAUCGGAGCGCUGGGAGUACUAUUCCUAGCAAUAAUCAAAUUGUACUUCCGAGUUAUCAAAGGAAAUCAAUCAUUGGGAUUAUCAUUGCUUGUGGGUGUCAUUGUCCUUUAUAUCACUGGAUAUGUUUUCAUCUUUGAAUCAACUGAUACUAUUUGUCGACUUCGAAUUGUAUUGCAUCCAUUGGGUUAUGCAUUUUGUUUUGGAGUAAUGAUUGCCAAAGCAACACAAUUAAAAAAUGCUGAAUCAUUGGGAUUUUCUGAUGCUAUUCACAUUAGCUAUUGGAACUAUUGGCUUUUAUUGCUAUUCAUAAUGGGCGUUCAAAUUGCACUUUCUUCAAAGUGGCUAACAGAAGAAUUUGCAUCAGUAGUAGUAUUGGAUGAUGGACAAUCACGCUCAGUUUGUAAAUAUGGUGAUGACGAAUUCCUGUUAUCACAGGCUUAUGUUAUUAUACUUCUAUUCUUGGCACUCUGUCUUAAUAGCACUAAUAAAAAUAUCAAACGCAAUCACAAAGAAACAAAGUGGCUGUUCAUAUCAUCACUAAGUUGUGUCAUUCUAUGGAUUAUUUGGAUGACUGUUUAUAUUUUAAUUCCUUCACCAUAUAAGGAUACGGUUGUUGUUUUUGAGCUACUUUUAUGCGCAUCCGUUUUACUUGGAUUUAUUUUCGGUCCAAAGAUUUAUAUAAUGCUGUCAUAUGAACCAGUAGUUGUCGAGGUGCGUCCGCAAAAUGUGAUGAAAGAUUUUGUUAUCGAUAACGAUUUGUUUGAAAAAGAGGAAAACUCGGAACGGACCUCCUCGCCAUCGAAUAGCUUAGAAUCACGGAAAAGUCACAUUCAUUCAACUUGCAGUGUAGUAAACUGCAAAAAUUCACCAGCAUGCACAAGAGCUGAUUAUAAUGAUGAUGAUCAGAUUCCAAUAUUUCGCACCAUAAUGCGAAAGAAGAAUCAUGUGGGACGCUCGCAUUCUGCAGACAGACAAAGAAGUGUUGGUAGAAUAAUUCAACAGACAGUGGCGCCAACCAAAAUGCUUGGCAAUAAUACAAAAGAUGGAAAUAGAGAUGAAGCUGAUCAACAAAGAGCUAUACCGGAUCCGAUAACACAGAUGGAAGACAAUCACUGA